UUUCAGCACAAAACAAAGAUGGCGGCUGCGGCAUCUGGGGAAUGCCCGGAUGAGGAUGCCUCAGACGCGGUUGGCCCCGCCCCCUUUGGAACUGCCCCCCGGGUCGCUGAAGGGACACUCGCCAGAGGAAUCGUUUUAACUAGCAGUGGGGACAGGGCACAGGUUGCAGAGAGUGGCUGACGGGAGACACUAAAAUCAGGCUUCGGAUCGGGGAGCGGACAUUUUCCCUCUCCGCACACGUAGCUGGCUCCGGGGAAGCAGCCCGAAGCCCGCCACGGGGGAGCCGGGGGCGGGGCGAGCGUGAGCGAUAACGCGGCCUGGCGCGCGACGCCGGGGGUGGAGCCCUCCCAGGCUCCCAGGCCUAACGCCCCGCCCCCAGGUGAGGACGCCGCCGAGACCCCUUCGGCACCCCAAGGAAACUAGCUGGGCUGCCGCGGGCCGGGCCGGCCCCUGCCCCUUUGCCCGCCGGGCGGGCGGCCAGGCUGGCGGUGUUUCAGGCCAGCGGGCGGGCGCGGGAGAGGUCCGUGUCGCCCCGCGUCACCUCGCGUCACCCCGCCCCGCCUUCUUCCCAGAGACCUGGGCCCCGCCCCUCGCGCAGGCGCACUACCGCCUUUAGGGUCCGCCCUUUUUCAAGAUUUGAAUUUCCCCCAGCAAAGCAAGACAGGCAAAAUACCCGGAUGGUGAUCGCUGGCCUUUUCGCGCCAAUACUGUAAGUUCUCACCACAAUCUUGAGAGGAAGAAGGCAGAACGGGCCUCCACUGGUGCCAACCAAUCAGCAGAACCGCUGCCUUCCUCGGAGCCGCUACCUCCACUGGGGCAAGGUCGCAGCAUCUGUGUCGGAAAUCACGGGGACUUCUUCCUGCUGGCUCAGCUGGGAGGCUGAGGAGUGUUUUGCAAAAAAGAAAAAAAAAAAAAAAAACCGUUUAUCCGAAUUCUGAAAUAAUAGCCGAGGCUGCUGCUCUGUGAAGCUCCCCAUCCUGGGGCCACACCUAAGGUUCCAGAUGAAGCCUGAGUGGGGGCAGGCCCUCUUCCACGUGGCCCUGGCCAGCUGCCUUUGCGUGGCCACUGUCCACACUGGUAUUUUCGAACAUGUCUCUGUCCAAGUGGGCUAUGAGUACUAUGCGGAAGCCCCGGUCACCAGCCUCCCUGCCUUCCUGGCCAUGCCCUUCAACUCUCUCGUUAACAUGGCCUACGUGUUCCUGGGGGUGUACUGGCUGCGGAGCCAGGCACGUGCCCCAGGAGGCCCUGCAGAGAGGUGGAGGGCUCGCUACCUGAAAGACGUCUUUGCAGGCAUGGCCCUGGUCUAUGGCCCGGUUCAGUGGCUGCGCAUCGGGAUGCAGACACGGCCCACUGCUGUGCUGGACCAGUGGCUCACCUUACCCAUCUUCGCGUGGCCGGUGGCCUGGUGCCUCUGCCUGGACAGGGGCUGGAAGCCCUGGCUCUUCCUGGCUGUCGAGGGCCUCUCCCUGUGCAGUUACAGCCUGGCCCUGCUGCACCCGCAUGGGUUUGAGUUGGCACUGGGCCUGCACAUUGCAGCUGCCGUGGGCCAGGCCCUGCGCAUCCAGGGGCGCCACGGCAAUGCUUCCUCGGGAACGUACUUGGCUCUGGGCGUGCUCUCCUGCCUGGGCUUUGUGGUCCUCAAGCUAUGUGACCAUGAGCUUGCGCAGUGGCAUCUCUUCCAGCAGCUCACGGGCCACUUCUGGUCCAAAGUCUGUGACGUGCUUCAGUUCCACUUUGCCUUCCUGUUCCUGACAAGCUUACACACCUGCCGAAGGUGCCCGCCUGCAGAGAAGAUGCAUUCAAGUGUGAGAAGAAGGGGCUUAUGACCGCCAGGCCUCUCCCCAGAGUCAUCAGUGCUCAGUGUCCUUGGUGUGAUGAUACGGAAGACUGUCCCUGCCUUUGAAGUUAUAGGCUUCAGUAUUAUGAAUAUGAGCUUUCAAUUUUGUGAAAUGUUAUACUUUCUGCAACUUACUUGCAAAGGCUUAGAGCAAAUAUCUAGGGGCCGGGGAUGUGGGGGUCAUUGUACUAGUCUUGUAAUUUUUCUGUGGUUUGAAACUUUUCAAAAUAAAAUGUUGGGGGAAGUGACCCCAAGAAAUCCAUCACA